AUAAAUCUUAAUAUUAUUUCUAUUAAUCAUCAAUAUUCAGGAAUCUCAAAAAGCACCAUAUGUGUCUUUUGAUCCUAAAUAUGGACGUGAAAUUGUUCCUGUUCGAAAUCCUAUUGGUCCACAAAGUGAAUAUCAACAACAAUAUCACUGGAAACAACCCUUAGGAGAUUUAGUUAGCGAACAAAUGCUUAUUGAUGAGUCAAAAGUGCGUGAUCGACGUUCAGAUCCAGCAUUACCAUUAACAGUGAUUGAUCCAUCUGAAAAAAUUCUUCGUGAAAAAACUUCUGUUGCUGUUAAUACACCAGCACGUGUUGAAAUUGAUUUUGAUAAACCUAAACAACAAGUAAAUCGUAUUGUAACCGGUCCAAUAAGUUCAAUUCAAUUAAAAAAUGAUAAAAUAUCUGAAUAUCAAUCACGUUAUAAACCAAUAGUUAAUCAAAAAAAACCUCGAACACGUAAAGCAUUUGAAGCUGAACAAGCUGAUGAACGAAAACGAAAAGAAAUUGCUAAAGCUGAACAUGCUCAUACAGAUGAUGAAGGUAUUGAUUUAGGAAAAGAAUUUCAUCAUAAACAUUCACAUGGAAAUUUAAGACGUUGGAAAUCUGAAUAUCAAACAACAUAUAAACCUUUUUGGCGUUUUGAUUUUAAAAAUGGCAAAUGGUAUAAAGAUGCUGCAACAGAAGAAUCAGGUUUUAAUCCAAAUUUAUUUUGGUAUAAAGAAUUAAUGUCAACACGAAAACGAGCUGAUGAAUAUCGUGCUAAUGCACAAGCUGAUCAUUUUAAUCGUGAUCAUACAUUACAAUUACAAACAGGUUAUGGUGGAACAAAAAGUUUUCUUGCAUGGGAUACAAAUGAUGAUAAUGAUACUGAUAGUAUUAUUUCUAUUGAUCGUAGUUUAGAACGUCAACGUCAACGUGAAAGAGAAAUUCAACGACAAAUUGAUGAACGUAUUCAAUCAAAAAUUCAUUAUCAAAAUAAACAAUAUGAACGACCAUCAGUUCCAAAAACUGAUCAAAUAGCACAAACUGAUCAUCAAGUUGAUCGUAUUGUUUAUAUUGAUGAACCAAUACCAAAAGUACCAAGUGUUGCAACAAAAGCACUUGUACGUAAUUUAAAUUCAUCAUCUGUUCAACAAAAUAUGUCAUGGGAUGCAGAAAGUUUAUAUAGUCAACGAACAAAUUCGGAUAUAGAUUUUAAAUCAAAGACUGCUCGAGAUUUACAUCGAAAACAUUAUAUAAAUGAUGAAUCAAAUAUUAUUCGAAAAGCAUCACCAAUAAAACAAGACAAUCGUGGUACAGAUAUGCAUCCACCAUUGAUCAAUGAACGACAACAAACAAACAAUAUUUAUACAUCACCACAGACAAAUGAACGAAAAAUUCAACAAAAUGAUAUUAUUCGUCCAUCAACAAGUUUUCAGGAAAGACGACAUGCUGCUGGUCAAUCAAGUUAUGAUACACAUAUAUUUGAUAAACGUCUACCUAUACGACCUCAUACAAGCAUGAGUGAUUGUCAUUCAUGUCAUGGUAAUCGAUAUAAAGAUAAAAUAACAGAUAAUAAUAAUGAGAAUUAUCAACAAGAAUAUACACCAGCAUCAAAAACAUCAUUUCAAGCUCAUUUGAAUAGAUUAGAUGAACGUUUUGGACAGAAUUUUAAUGCACGUUAUAAAGAUGAUGAUAUUCUUUCGACUAAUUCUGCUCGAUCAUUAUCAUCAAGUUGUAGUUUAGCAUCUCAAACACUUGAACGUGCUCAACAAAAUAUGAAUAAAUAUUGGGGUGAUCAUUCACCUAAAAAACCAUCGCGUGUCAAACAUUGA